UUUUCAUUUAAUUUACCUACUUUUUAAAUGUAAAACCUAAACGAUGCCGUACUUUGAAGAAAUAAUAAAAAAACUGGGCUGGGACGAUGGUUUCCAAAUCCCUGUUGCAAACGCCGAAAAUCAGGAACUGGAACAAGAACUUAUCGCUUUAACUUUACGAAAAAUCAAAGCGAAAAACGAUUUAGAAAACUCUGUGACUCGCCAGAACAAUAUACAGGACCAUUUCAAGUAUAUAAAACAGGAACAUGAACACAAUCAGAAAUUAUUUACUGCUCACAAACAACAAAAUGACGACGAAGUCAACCAUUACCACAUCCUCAAAGCAGAAUUGACCAAAACCGAACGUUGUACAACAGAAGUGUCCAAACGUAUCGCCUUUUUAGGAGAACGCAAAGAAAUCUUGAGAAACGAACUGCAAAAGGCUGUCAUCAAAGUUGACAGAAUCAAACAGGAAACUGGUUGGGACAUUGAAGCGCUGAAAGGCUGGGAAGAAGCGUUGAAAAAGCGCGACAAUGAUAAUGAGCUUUUUAAAAAGGUUUCCAAAGAAGAUGAAAGGAGGUUUAAUGAGUUGGAGGCUAAAAGGCAGCUUUUGCAAGCGGAAUACGACUGGAAACAUCAGGCUAUUGGGAAAAUUGUGUGCGAAUUGAAAAGUUGUGAAAUGAUUAUAGAGAGAACAGGUAAAGCAAUAGUCCAGCAAAUCGAUGAACGCGAAUCGAUAAAAAAACAGUGGCAAAACGCAAUGCAAAUGCUCCAACAACGGAACAAAGAUAUCGAAGGCUACCAUCUCAACAUGGAAGUAUUGAGAAACUCGUUGCAAUCAGCAGAAAUAAGAUUGCAAGAGGAAAACAACAUGUUGGAAAACGAGGAGCGGCAAAAUCAGAAAAUGAAAAUGAAAAUUCAAAACUUGAACGAGCAACAUUCUAGAAUGAAAGAAGGUUUGGAGAGGUUGGUGAAUAUAAUAGCAACCACCCGAGGUGAAUAUAGUGUCCUCAAACGAAAAGUCUCCUCAUCGAGUCAACUGUUGGGCAAAUUAAGAUUGCAAAGCAAAGAGCAAGACAAAGAUAUUGACAAAUAUAAAAGGGUGAUAAUCAAAAACGAAAAAAAAAUCAAAACCCUAUACGGCCAAAUUGAAGACAUGAAAAAUACGACAAAUUCUUCAUCAGAACGAGUCGAAAAGAUUUACAAAAUGAUCGAUGUUGAAGAGAAACGUUGUGCCCUGUUAACAACUGACACGGAAAAAAUCAACAACCAUCUUUACCGCACGGUUCAGUUGCUUAAAGAACAAGAAUCGAUUGGUAAAACUCUCGAAGCCCAAAUCAACAAUUGCCAAUGCAUUGCCAACAAGUUGCGCAAACAUAUACGAGAUGAAAAACGGAGUUUGGAAAAACUAAAAGAAGUCGUUUACGAUAUGCAAUUUAGGAUUGACGAAUUUGAGCAGAAAUUAUGCAAACUGGAAGGGUCUAAUAACAAAGACGAGUUUGUUGAUGAAAAAGAAGAGAAAAUUAAAGAGCUGGAGAAAACUUUGGCCGAUCACUCUGAGGUACUUCACACCCUACAAAAUCAAGUUGACAGAUUGCAGGACGAAAUGCGCAAACUUUCGAAUUUUAUUGCUGCCAACAUGGAUCAAUUGGAAGUUGUGCAGAAUUCCGUCGAGAAUUAUUUGUUGGAGUACGACAUUGGUAGAAAACACAUUGCAGCAGCCAGAAAAAGCUGCCAAGAAAAGCAAGUGGAGGAGAACAUUAUGCGUCUCAGAAUCGACCACAUCGAAGGGGACAUGCAGAAGGCGAACCAAAAAAUAUUCAGUUUGCAAAAGCUCAGACUCAGCUUGGACACUGCUACAAAAGAGCACAUAUUAAACAUAGACACCAAAAACACAGUAGUGAACGCCAAAAGAAAACAUUUGGACGAGGAAAUGAGCCGACUUAAAAGCGACAUAACUUUGCAAAAAGUAAAAGUGGAACAUUUAAUGAAAAAAUACUAUAUUGAAUUGAUGUCGUUGGGUAAAGACGAUGACGGUCAACCCUUGUCCAUAGCACACAUAAAAAUCCAAAACGCCCAAGAAAAAUUCAUGCUCCAACAAGAAGGCGACGAACUAGACCAGAAAAUCAAAAUAGCCGAACAAGAAAUUGUCGCCAUCGAAAACACAUUGAAAUUAGUAAAUUUGAGUAACGUGUGUUUCCGAAACAAUUUGGCACCUUUAAAAGAAGAUGAUUUGGAAGUCCAAGAAGUGAAAACCUUGGAACGUGAACUCAAAGACUGGAUUCUCAAAGCUAGAAAAGCUCGGAACGACCUGAUGGAACAAGAGAAAAUCCACGAUGAUUUAUCAAAAACUCUAAACGAAACCCUAAUGGUUGAGAAACAAGAAAGAAAAGAGCUGACCAGGCAAUUAGAAGAAGAAAACUGUUUAAUCGAAAAGCAACGGAAAAAUAAAGAGGAAAAAGUGAAAAGGACGCACCACUUGAUAAGACAAGCACUAAAAAAGCUCAGAAACAGAACGGAUUUUUCAAUUUAUGAGCAAGAUUCUGAAGUCCGUCAACUCCGCGACGCCAAUAACACAGUAAUAAAAAAGCUCUACAGUUUGAGCUCGGAGUACCCUGACAUUGCUCCAAAUCUCAACAAAUACACAACAGAACAAAAUAUCGACUUGCAGUCGUUCGCCAGCUUGAGUUCGGAAUCUUUUUCGUCAACUUCUUCGAUUCACAGCAGAGUGUCGACCAACAGGAGUUUUUCAAUGGAAUCAGUAGCUGUUGCCACGACAAAAGUCGAUAUUCUAUUUAAAUAAACUAAACUUUUGUAUUUUUUGUAUUUAUUAAAAGGUAAUUUUUAUUAACGUGAAA